CGGAAAUCCAAGAGAAUCAGACAGAUUUAGCUGUUCGCAAUGAAAAUUAAAUGUUUUUAGACAGAAGCCCAAAUAUCUUUGAGAUGGUAAAUUUUGAAUCCAGAUAUUUCAUCUUUCCAAACUCGUUGUACGGUAUCGCUGUAUCUAGGCCUCGGCACAAGAUGAGUAUUCGCUAUUUUGUGUAUACUUGCUAUUUGACUUGUAUUGUAUGAGUAAUAAAUUUUCUGACUUGUACUUGACUUGUUAAAACUAAUAUUUGAGGUGUGCAAUAUUACAAUUUAUAAACUACAUCAUAAUUUUUUUUGAUAACUCCGAAAGAUUAUGAUGUUCGCAAUAAUUUUUUUGCAAACUACAUCAUAAUUUGACAAAUUUUGUUGUUCGCAAUAAAAAUUAAAUGUCUUUUGACAGAAGCGUUAAUAUAUUCGAGAUGGUAAAUUUUGAAUCCAAAUAUUUCACCUUUCCAAACUUGUUGUAUGGUUUGUACGGUACGGCCGUACCACUCGACCAAGUUUUUUUUGUGUGUAAGUUACACACUACAACAUUUAGGAGGUAAUAUCAAUUUUAACAUGUGACACUCGUUGUAGAAGAUAUUUUAGAAAUGUGAUAACAGUAAUGCUAAUGUAGAGUGUAAUAGUUUCCUACACUCCCCCCUAAGACUUUUACAGCCAUGUAUUUUACUGUCUCUCAAUAAAUGUCAUAUCUUUGCGAAGAUUUAGUAUAUGUAUAGAUAUAGUAUGCGUUAUCCCUCUAUAUAAUCUUAGUCUCAAAUUCCAAAUAUGGUCCGUCACACUAAUAUUUAAAAACAUUUCGUUCGACUCUAUAAUCUAUCCCUAGUGACGUGGCACAAACCGCUACAUGUGAGAAAGUGAUUGUGGGGGAACUAAAACGACGAGAGGGAAAAACAUCAAUCAAUCAAUCCCCACACUUCUUCUCAUGAUCGGUCGGGAAGAGGGAAACGGUGGCUGCGCAAUGGCGGCGGCGACGGCGAUGAAGAAACGGAGAAUUGAAGAAGAGGAAGCAAGGACGUUGGCUAGUCAAAUCCCAGAUGAUAAAGAAGGUUUGUUAGAGUUCAUGGACCAGCGUGCUAAGUCAAUCCAACUCUGUAAAGAUCAGAUUUCAAUCCUCGAGAGAAAGCUUGCUGAAGAGAGAAAACUGAUGGAGGAUGCGGAGACCAAGUUUUUACAACUUGAUCGUGUUGAAAGUGAUUCCCUUUCCAAGGCAAAACCAAAGGUGUCUGGUGGAACUGGGAGUUUACUUGAUGAGGUGAAGACUGCUAAUGGAACCUCCUCUACUCCGUAUGUUCGUGGGGAGAAGAUGGAGUAUGAAACAUCUGCUCCACGUGCACGCAGUGAGAUGGAUUCGUUGAAGUUACCACCCAUUAUUUUACCGCCUUCUUUCAGGAGGAAAGCUUCUGUCAGAUCAGAAGUGAGUGAGAGCGCACAAGCUCAACCAGCGGUUAGAAGGAGUUAUAGUUUCCCAAGGGAAGAAGCCAAGAGAUCUCAUUCCACUAUAUCUAAUGGAGUGGUGAGGGAAGUUCAAGCUCGAGAUAGCCACAUUGAUAAGGGUUUUGCGAAGCCAAGGAUCAGAGUUUCUUCUAACAUUUCUGGACAAGCUCGACAGGAAAAGUCUGAGUUCAAUGGAAAUGAUGAGUUGAUAGCGCUUAUAGGUAGGAGCUCUUUGCGUCCCACAAUUAAAACUCGUACCGUAGCUGUGCUACCAAGUGGCCACACGAAAAGAAUGAGAAGUGUUGCUGUUUCUCUUUCGAACCGUGAUCUUUUUGCUACAAGUGCAUUGGAUUGUGUGGUUCAUUUUUGGAAGCUUCACUCUAAUAGGUCCUCACCUACUCUGUUUCAGACAGUUAAUCGGGUAGGAUUAGAUCAGAAGAGAUGGGCAGAAGAUAUAGCUUGGCAUCCACACAGAAGUGAACUCUUCUCUGUAUAUACAGCAGAUGAAGGUCAUGCUCAGAUAUCAACCAUAUAUCUAAACGAAGCUAGAGAGAGUUGUGACUCAAAGUUUCUGAAGGACAGGCCACACAGCAAAGGACUCAUCAACAGAAUCAUGUUCACGCCGUGGGACGAUCCAUGUUUCAUCACAGGCGGGUGUGACCAUGCGGUAGUGCUAUGGCGCGAACAGCGUGAGCGCCACGCAUGGAAGUCGAGGCUUCUCCACAGGGACUUGCACUCGUCAUCCGUGAUGGGAGUCGCUGGAAUGCGCCACAACAAUCUCGUCUUAUCAUGUGGAGACGACAGGAGACUCGUCGGGUUCGAUGCCCGAGCAGAGAAAACCACAUUUCAGCAUAAACUAGACAACAGAUGCACAAACUUGCUGCCUAACCCUCGUGAUGUUAAUCUCGUCAUGGUUCACACAAGGCAGCUAGACAGGCAACUUCGGUUGUAUGAUGUGAGAUUGCCUCAGACGGAACUGUUUUCUUUCGGGUGGAAGCAAGAGAGCAGCGAGUCGCAGUCUGCUUUAAUCAACCAGUCUUGGUCUCCGGAUGGUUUGCACAUCUCGUCUGGCUCUUCGGACCCUGUGAUCCACAUCUUUGAUAUCCGGUACAAUGCACCGAGCCCGUCUCUCUCGAUCAAGGCUCAUAAGAAGAGGGUGUUCAAAGCUGAGUGGCAGUCUUCUCAGCAACUUGUCUCCAUCUCGUCAGAUUUAGAAAUUGGGAUUCACAAGCUAUGGUGAAGCCUUGCAUCGUUAAACAACUUGAUGACAUUGUAUUUAGGAGUUGUGUAGUUUGAGUCCAGGGUCUGAUGACACUGGUAUGUUUAACUCUUUUUUUUUGGUACAUAUGGAAAAGUUGUAGCUCUCUCCCAUUUUGCUUUACAAAGUUGGCGCCAGUCUUAAACCUGAAUAGAAUCUCAUUUUUCUUAAACUCUUAACCAUUGUCCAUAGUUAGCAUGAAGAAGAAAGAGUACAAGAUUUAUAUUUGAUUUCUAGUCCAAAAUUCUGUUUCAAAACUUGACUUCAACCAAGUAUUGUGGCAAGAUGUGGUUGCAUUAAAGAUGACAUGUCUUCAAAUUCAGUAUCGUCUGUUUGUGAAUUAUAUGAGCAAAGAGAUUGAUAACAUGAACUAGGCCUACGGUUAUUAACCGAACCGAAAAAGUUUGGUUUUCGGUUCAAUUUGGUUAGGAGGUUAGGUUUGAUCAAGUUAAAAAAUUUUGGUUUUUAGUUCAGUAACUGGUUAGUUUAUAAAAAAAAUUAAAAAUUAUAUCGAUUAAGAAAAAUCUAAAGCCAAAAUAACCAAACCUUUUUUUUUUCAAAAAUAAACAAUUUAGACCAAACUACUGUUUUUCAAUAUAAAAUUUUGAAAUCUUAUUAGCCAAAACUGUUAAAUUCAGCUAGAUUUUGACCGAACCCAACUAAUUAAAUUCUCAACUAACCGACCCGACCAAUAAAUAAUAAAUGCAACCGGUUUAAAUUACACCGGUCUGAUUCCAAACCGGUUUAGCUUUGGUAAUAUAACCCAAAUAUUCAAUUCCUGAACCAUAAAAGCCUCCGUCUCCGUCUGUUCUCCCGGUAACUCGAGUCGUCUCUGUAACCGUCGCACCCUCGCUUACUCGUCGCAUGUCUUCACCAAAGGAGAUGGAUGAUACAUCAGAACCCACAUCCCCGCCAAAGAACACUUACAAUGAUCCCGACGGUGGAAGGCAAAGAUUCUUACUUGAACUCGAGUUCGUUCAGUGUCUCGCUAAUCCUACUUACAUCCACUGUAAGUUCUAGAGUUUAGGUAUCGUUCUAGGGCUUUAAGUGAUAAGAGCUUUUUGGGUUAUGUUUUGGCAGACUUGGCACAGAAUAGGUAUUUUGAAGAUGAAGCGUUUAUUGGAUACUUGAAGUAUCUUCAGUACUGGCAGCGACCAGAGUACAUCAAGUUUAUAAUGUAUCCACACUGUCUGUAUUUCCUCGAACUUCUUCAAAACCCCAACUUCAGGACUGCUAUGGCCCAUCCUGCAAACAAGGAGUUGGCACAUAGGCAACAGUUUUACUAUUGGAAGAACUACAGAAACAAUAGGUUGAAGCACAUUCUACCACGGCCUCUUCCUGAGCCUGUAGCUCCACCACCACCUGCCCCGUCUGCGCCUGCUGCUCCCUCUCCAGCUCCUUCUCCAAUGCAGUACAAUAAUAUGACGGCUAAGAAUGAACCGAGGAAUAUGGUUUCUACUGGGAUUGAUCGUAGGAAGAGAAAGAAGGGUCCAUGAGCUUCCCUGAAGCAGACACCAUGGGUCUGGAUAUGCUUUUCCUGCGUUUCCAUAGAGAGGGAAGCCUACUUGACUCAAGUUACAAGGCUGUAGUGGGAAGUUGUAGUACAUGGUGUCAGUCUUUGUCUAUGGUAUUCAAUUCUUAAUCAGUAUGAGUCUGUCUUUAGUUUCUCUGGUCAUAUAGAUCGACGUUAUUGAGGCUGUUGGGGUUAUAGUAAAUGGUAGUUUUGAGAUUUAUUCGGUAUGCUACAUUCGUCAGUUAUUGCAAUGAAUGAAUGUUCUAACU